AUGAUUUCGGAUAUUUGGUUUUCGAUUUUCGAUUCAGUUAUAGGCAAGGUUGGUUCCAUUCGGGAUGCAGUCAUUCCUAAAUCCCAAUUUCCCAUUUGCCUCUUCCGGUCUUCCCUCUUCCCUCUUCUGACUUCUCUCUUCGGCUCUUCCCUUCCCAAGUUCGCAGUUCGCAAGUCGCAACUUCGCCGGCAGCCGGCACUCCCUGACUCCCAGUCCCAAUUCCCUUCAGCUUCAGCUUCCCUUCCCACUUCGCAGUUCGCACACAGUCGGCGACGGCGAGUUCGAACUUCCUGUUCCAGAUCGACAGAUCCAGUCUUCCCCUUCGGACUUCGGAUUCCACCUUCCCAACUUCGCAGCUCGCACUCUCGCAGUACUCCUUCGGACCUUCUGUCCUUCAGAGAGAAACGCAAUGCUGGUGCUCUUACCAAUUUUGAAGUACUUGACUUUUUACGAUCUAGAGGAGCUUCAAAAGAUCCUACACGAGUAAUUGCACCAGUAGCACCAUCAGAGUUCAAGGUCUAUGAUUAUUUGGUUCAGAGUGUUGCUUGCAAUCAAACAAGAGAGUGCAUCGAUGAGUUUUUCCAAAAAUGUAAAAAAUACGACCUUGCAAAAGCUGAAGUCAUCAAUAUAGUCAAUCUGAGGCCAUCUUCUGUUGUUGAAAUCUAUGUGCUUAUAGAGGAGUUGGAGAACCGCAUUGGAGAAGAGGUUGAUGAGCUGGUGGAGAUGGUUGCACAAGUUUUGCCACCACACCCAAACCAAACAAAGCCCGGAGAAACGAAUGAUGAGGGUGGAGAUGUCUGUCCAGAUGGGGAACAAAUGGAUGCAAGUUCAUGAAUCAUAUCAAGCACAACGUUUUUAAAGAGAAACUAAUCAAGAUGGAUGGUAUAAACACAUGCCAUUAAGACUGUUUGGGUGUACUAUCAUUUUGAACUUGAUUUAGGGCGAGGGCACAGCUUGCCUUUUUUCAUUUUUUGGGAGCUGAGGUUUCUUUCUUACGUUGUGAUCCAAUUUAUUAUAGUCUUUUUAAAUUGAGCAUGGCUGGUGCUAUUCGAUAUGUAUGAACUUGUAACAUAUAUGUUAAAAGAGUUCAGUUCAAA